AUGGGGGGCGGUCAAAGCAGGUUGAACUGGCUGCAUACGCCGGAGGGGCGAAAAGGAUGGACUUCCAACUUUCUCCUCCAGAGUUACACCGUCUACCUGAUAGACACGGCGUCAAGGGGCAGAUCCGCACCGGCCCUUCAACGAAAGCACGUCCAUUAUCCGAGAGCCUUCGUGGGAGACAUGUUCACCGCACCGAAGGUGGCGGCAAAGUGGCCACAGGCGGAGUUGCACACGCAAUGGCCUGGUAGAGGGAAGCGUGGUGAUCUGAUAUUCGACCAGUUUUACGCGUCGACUUUACCGAGCAUGUCUGACCUGGUUGCAUACGAACAGGCUCAGAAGGCUGGGAUAACUGCUCUGCUCAAACGGAUCGGCCGCCCACAUCCACACAAUGGCUCAAAAGCGCGGAUGUGGGGUCUCGCUGAUGUCCCCAUGGUAUUUUCGCCGCCGAUAACAGAUCCUUCAGAACUUCGCCUUAUCACCAUUCCAGCGACCCAAAGUGGUCGAUCCCCAGUGGUGCUGCAGGAUCAAAGUAAAGGACGGAUGGUACACGAGCUGAAGAACCUCCAGAACAUGCCGGUGCUGGUAGAAGUUAGCGAGGCCAGCUACCAUGCUGAGUACGAACAUGCUACGGUAGCGUUUUUGCAACAAGCUGGAGCCUCCUGUGAUUUCAUCCGGCUAGAAGAACUUGGAAUCACGGGCAACGGGCACAUGUAA